CUUCCGCCGUUGAUCCCCGACUGCGUCAUCUCACCUCUUCUCUCGGUUACUGCUGCUGUGUGUGUUCUUUGGCAGCCACUUCUACCUCGUGAUCAUGGCUGACUCGUCUUCUUCUUCAGUCAACACUACUCUGCCUGAUGUUGUGUCUGCGCGGACUGAUCAUGUACCGGUUCAGGUUACCACCAUUCAACUUACCAAGGAGAACUAUUCCCGAUGGUCUGCUGCGAUUACCAUGGGGAUUGCUGGGCGAGGACGCAUUGCCUAUGUGAAUGGGAGAAAGGUUGAACCUGCUGCAGAUAGUCUGGCUUGGGAUACAUGGUUUCUUGAAGACAACCAGGUCAAAACCUGGAUUGUCAAUUCAGUGUCCCCGGAUAUCCAACCCCUCAUUCUUCGUAAGAAGACUGCAAGGGAUAUGUGGAUUAUUUUGGAGCAGAUGUAUGGCCAAAAGAAAAGGAAAGUUCGUGUGUAUCAACUUAUGAAGGAUGUGUAUUCCCUGCGACAAGGUGCUCUCUCGGUUGCAGACUUUUAUGCAGCAUUAAAAUCUAAGUGGGAGGACCUUGACUAUCACUCUGAUAUUCCAUGGAGGUGUCCUCACGACCAGAUGCAGUACAUGACUGAUAAAUGGGAAAACAGGGUAUUCCUUUUCUUAUCCGGACUGAAUGAUGACUUUGAAAAUAUAAGGGGUCAGAUUCUUAACUCUGACGAAUCAUUUAGUAUUGAAGAUGUCUAUUCCCGUGUUGAAGCUGAAGAACAGAGAAGGCUGCUCUCUAGUGGACGAAAGGGGGAAGAACAGUCUGCCUAUGUUAGCCGUGCCCCUGUUGGAACUCCUCGUUCUUCCCGAAAAUGUACUCAUUGCAAAAAACUUGGUCAUACUAGGGAUUUUUGUUGGGACCUGUAUCCAGAGAAGAAGGAUAGUAGGGGGAGGUCUUCGAGUGGAAAGAAGCCUGUAUCGUCUGCAACAAGUCUGAGUGAUGGGAAAGGUUCUAUUUCUGCAGAGCAGAUUCGUGAGCUACGAGCAUAUUUGAGCAAGAUUGAUGUUGGUCAGGCAGAUACACCAGAUGAGGUGAAGAUCAAUCAGGCAUUGGCUGUUUCAGGGGGAGAAGGACUUGGUGACAGGGAAGAGGAUUGGGAUUGGUUUGGUGUCUGAUGGGCUGUAUCGGCUUCCUAUACGCGUUGUCACAGCUCUUAUGUCAGCAGUCAGCAGAACAGAGAAG